AUGAGUUGCUUUCGAUUACCAGUUGGCCUUUGUCAAGAUAUUGAAAUGCUCAUUCGUAAGUUUUGGCGGGGUCAAAAGGGUGAUAGGAGGAAAAUUCAUUGGAAAAAGUGGGAGGUGUUGUGCAAACCAAAAAUAGAAGGAGGGAUAGGUUUUAAGGACCUAUGCAAGUUCAACGAAGCAAUGCUAGCUAAGCACGUGUGGAGGUUGCUGCAUGAUACCGAAUCCUUAUUUUUUAAGGUUUUCAAAACGAAGUACUUCCCAAACUGUUCUCUGUUUGAAACCAAAUCUUCCUCGGGCUCCUUCGCAUGGAAGAGCAUUCUAUGGGCAAGAAGUUUGGUUCAGAAAGGGGCGCGGUGGAGAGUGGGUGAUCGGCAAUCAAUUAGGAUUUUCCAAGAUGCUUGGUUACCAUCUGACAGUGGCAAGGUUUCCUCUCCUUCAUCUGAUUUUGGUCCGGAUGCAAAUGUAGCAAUGCUCGUAAACCCGGUCACCGGGUGGUGGAAUACCCAUCUCAUUGAUCGCCACUUCUACCCACCGGAUGCAAAGCUCAUUAAAUCCCUUCCUCUGUGCUCAAUCCCUCAGUCUGAUUUGCUGAUCUGGCUGAAGGAGAAGACAGGGACCUAUUCAAUUAAAUCAGGUUAUAAGCUUUUGUGUGAGUGGCAAAAUGAGGAGCUGAAUCAACCUAGCAGGACCAACCCUAGCAGCAGCAUUUGCAAUUGUAUCUCUCCCCAAACAAUUGCAACAUGGUUUGGGAUCACCUCCAACCGCCUCAGAGUUGCCAUUCUUUAUAUCCGAUGA